UCUCAGUUGGACUAACGCCGAGACCAGGAGAGGAGUGGAGAGAGAGGAGAGAGAGGGAGAGAGAGAGAGAGAGAGAGAGAGAGAGAGUCUUCAGCGAAUGCCUAUCUAUAAGACGGGGGCGGCGAAGACGGAGCACAGCCGGCUGGAGAACUGACGUCCAGAGCGGGAAGGAGAGCCGCGCCAAUCUAGGGUUCGCAUCGGUCGCGUGAUUUUGUUUUCUUGAAUCGGAACCGGACGAGGCCGAGUCUGCUAGUGAGCAGAGGAUGCAUGAGCAUCUGAAGUUCCCUGUUUGUACAGAGGGCGCAUCACCGUUGAGAGCACCUAGCUUUUCAAAGCUAUCUCAUGCCUGAAGCACUAGAGAAGAGGAAUCUCCAAACAAAUAAGCAAAGUCUGAAUUUCAGUGUUUAUGGAAAAUUUUGUAUUUUUAUACUUUUACUUGGACUUGAGCAUUCUAAGGGUAUAAGUUCUGGAACCCUGUUUCCGGAUUUCGUUGGAGCAUACAGUGAACACCUAGUGUAUGACAAUGAAGAUCCGUUCUGUUUAUCAUAUGAGGAUACUUCUGUCUCUUGUCAGGAAUUAAAAGGAUUUGGAACUUUCAAUACAACUUGCCUACUAAACUCAAGUUUGUAUUUAGAUGGAGAUCUCUGUGUAUAUGGGUCAGGUAGCAUUGAGAUUUCCCCUCACGUUUCCAUCACAUGCCUUAUUAAAGGAUGCUCUGUUAUCUUUCACAUGUCUGGAAGCAUUAAAAUUAGUGAACAUGCAAACAUAGUAGCAGGCUCUGUUAGGUUAGUUGCUAAAAAUCUUGCUUUGGAUCACCAUGCUACAAUAAACACGACAUCCUUGGGUGGAUCACCACCUUCCCAGACAAGUGGCACCCCUAUUGGUUAUGAUGGUGCUGGUGGAGGCCAUGGGGGUCGUGGUGCUUCUUGUGUAAAAAGUAACAAGACUAAUUGGGGCGGGGAUGUUUAUGCAUGGUCAACGUUAUUUAGGCCAAGGAGUUAUGGGAGCAAGGGAGGUAGCAUAUCUGCUGAAAACCAAUAUGGAGGUGAUGGUGGGGGCUGCAUUCUCUUCAACAUUAAUGAUACAUUGCAAUUGGAUGGAUCAGUUACUGCAGAAGGCGGACAAGGAGGUCUCAAAGGAGGAGGUGGAUCUGGAGGAAGCAUCAUUGUCCAUGCAUUCAAGCUGAAGGGAACUGGUAUUAUUAGUGCCGCUGGUGGAAGUGGAUGGGGUGGAGGUGGCGGUGGACGAAUCUCUCUAGAGUGUUACAGCAUACAAGACGUUAAGAUCACAGCUCAUGGUGGUUUCAGUAAUGGCUGUCCUGAAAAUGCUGGUGCAGCUGGCACAGUUUUUGAUAAGGCCCUAGAAAGUCUUAGGGUCAGCAAUGACAACUUCACAACAAAAACUGAAACUCCGCUUCUUGAUUUUCCUGUGUCUACACUUUGGUCCAAUGUUUUUGUGGAGUCCAAGGCCAAGGCUUUAGUUCCGUUACUUUGGACAAGAGUGCAGGUAAGAGGCCAAAUUAAACUGAUAGAUGGCGGCAGCAUUUGUUUUGGGUUGAUGGAUUACCCAGUUUCAGAAUUCGAGCUUGUUGCGGAGGAGCUUCUCUUAAGUGAUUCUGUAAUAAAGGUUUAUGGUGCAUUUAGAAUGUAUGUAAAAAUGCUUCUUAUGUGGGACUCAAGAAUCCAGAUAGAUGGUGGGGGCAACAGUGAAGUUUCUACAUCUUUGCUUGAAGCUAGAAAUUUAGUAGUCCUCAGGCACAAUUCUGUCAUCUCCUCAAAUGCCAACUUGGGCGUUUACGGUCAAGGGCUUCUCAGAUUAUCUGGGCGUGGUGAUGAAAUCAAAGCACAGAGACUUUUUCUGUCAUUGUUUUAUAACAUUGAAGUUGGGUCAGGUUCAUUAUUACAGGCACCAUUAGAUGAAAAUGUGGAAAGCAGUUUGGUUACUCAGUCACUAUGUGAGAGUCAAACAUGCCCAAAAGAACUACUCAUGCCUCCUGAUGAUUGCCAUGUGAAUGAUUCUCUAUCUUUGACUUUGCAAAUCUGCCGUGUUGAUGAUCUUACUGUCAGUGGCAUUAUUCGUGGUAGUAUCAUUCAUAUUCACCGAGCAAGGACUGUCACAAUUGAUACAGAAGGCAUUAUUAGCGCUUCAGAGUUAGGUUGCAAAGAGGGAAUUGGAAAGGGAAAGUUCUUAAAAUAUGGAGCUGGAGGUGGCGCUGGACAUGGAGGGAAGGGUGGAUCUGGAUUUUAUAAUGGCUUGCUAAUUGAUGGUGGGCGGAAAUAUGGUGAUGCAGAUCUUCCUUGUGAGUUAGGAAGCGGAAGCAGUGGAUCGAGUGAGUCUCUAGUAAAUGUGGCUGGAGGAGGAAUGAUAGUUAUGGGCUCCAUCAACUGGCCUCUUUUUAGAUUAGAGAUACAUGGUUCUUUACAAGUGAAUGGUCAAAGCCAUCGAGAAUCAUCAAUGAACUAUAAUGCAACAAUGAUGGGUGGCGUUGGUGGUGGUUCUGGUGGUACAAUACUUCUCUUUCUGCAAGCUUUUAUUCUGGAGGAAAAUUCAUCAUUAUCAGUAGCUGGUGGGAAUGGUGGACCUGCUGGUGGUGGGGGUGGGGGUGGUGGAAGAAUUCAUUUUGAUUGGUCAAAUAUUGCUACUGGAGAAGAAUAUGUUCAAGUUGCUUCGGUGAAUGGCUCCAUUAUGUCAAGUGGUGGGACUGGAAGCAAUGGUGGAUUUGAUGGCGAAGUGGGAACAAUCACAGGGAAGAAAUGUCCCAAGGGACUCUAUGGCACAUUCUGUACUGAAUGCCCUGUUGGCUCAUACAAGGAUAUGGAUGGAUCUAACUCAUCACUUUGUAUUCCUUGCUCUUUAGAUGUACUUCCGAGACGGGCAAGUUUUAUAUAUGUCAGAGGAGGUGUUACACAAUCAUCCUGCCCAUAUAAAUGUCUAUCAGACAAGUUCAAGAUGCCAAACUGUUACACCCCUCUUGAAGAUUUGAUGUAUGCUUUUGGUGGUCCAUGGCCUUUUGUUAUUCUUCUCUCUACUUUUUUGGUUCUAUUAGCACUUUUAUUGAAUAUAUUAAGAGUUAAGAUGAUUGGGCGGGAUCAUUCUUAUUGCCCUACAAGCUCCAUCCAACAUGAUUGUUCUGAUUCUUUCCCCUAUUUGCUCUCUCUUGCAGAGGUUCCAGGUACUAGUAGAGUUGAGGAAACUCAAAGCCAUGUGCACAGAAUGUACUUCAUGGGUUCAAAUACGUUUAGGGAACCAUGGCAUCUUUCUUAUUCUCCACCUAAUGCAAUUAUUGGAAUUGUGUAUGAAGAUGCUUUUAAUAGGUUCAUUGAUGAGAUCAAUUCCGUUGCUGCAUAUGAAUGGUGGGAAGGAUCUGUACAUAGCAUACUUUUCGUUCUUGCAUAUCCUUGUGCUUGGUCUUGGAAGCAAUGGCGGCGAAGAAAGAAAAUUCAUCGCCUUCAGGAAUAUGUAAAAUCAGAAUAUGACCACUCAUGCCUUCGUUCAUGCAGAUCACGAGCUCUUUACAAAGGGAUGAAGGUUGGUUCAUCACCUGAUUUGAUGGUUGCCUACAUUGAUUUCUUUCUUGGUGGUGAUGAAAAAAGACUUGAUGUGGCUUCAACUAUCCAGAAACGGUUCCCUAUGUGCAUAAUCUUUGGUGGUGAUGGUAGCUAUAUGUCUCCUUACUAUCUCCAUAAUGAUACACUAUUGACCAAUCUAGUUGGUCAGUAUGCAUCAACAGCAGCUUGGAAUAGACUUGUAGCUGGUUUGAAUGCUCAAUUGCGGACAGUAAGACGAGAAUGCAUUCGUUCUGAACUGCGUCCUGUUGUUGCUUGGUUGAACAGUCACACAAAUGCGCAACUUGGGCAUCAUGGUCUGAGAGUUGAACUGGGUUGGUUUCAGGCUACUGCUUCUGGCUAUUACCAACUUGGAAUUUUGGUUGCUCUGCGUGAAGUUUUCUUCAAUAGUGUGUGCCAGUCAGAUAUGAUAAAUACAAGCAGUCCAAGAGGCAGUAAAAACAAGAAAAAUAUGCAUGUUUCAAGUAACUCUAAGCAAUUGCAGCAAGGACAACUGAAUCCUAGCCACACAAUGUCAAAGGGGUUGACUGGAGGAGUAAAUGGUGGGAUAAUUAAUGAAGUAACGUUAAAAUCAUUGGAUUAUAGAAGGGACUAUCUGUUCCCACUUUCUCUUUUACUAAAGAACACAAGGCCAGUGGGAUUCCAGGAAACGUUGCAGCUGCUAAUCUGUAUCAUGCUCUUAGGAGAUUUCACUGUUACUGUUCUUACACUUGUUCAAUUCUAUUGGAUGUCUCUUGGGGCUUUUCUUGCUGUCUUGCUCAUACUUCCCUUGUCUAUGCUUUCCCCUUUUGCUGCUGGUCUCAAUGCUUUAUUUAGUCGAGGACCAAAAAGAUCAUCUCUUGCACGGGUUUAUGCUCUGUGGAAUGCCACGUCAAUAGUUAAUAUUAUGGUGGCAUUUCUCUGUGGAAUUAUAUAUUGUGGUUUGCCUCUCUCAGAAUUUGGUAAAGAUCUUGACACGUCAAAGUUAAGGGAGGACAAUGAAUGGUGGCUUCUUCUGAUGAUCCUCUUCCUGGUCAAGUCAUUGAAUGCCUUCCUAGUAAAUUGGCACAUAGCAAAUCUAGAAAUCCAAGACCUCUCGUUGUUUAGCCCAGAUCCAGAGAAAUUCUGGACAAUGUGAUUAAGAUGCAUCUCAAAUAAGAAAAAAAAAAAAGAAGUGUGGCAAUCUACACAGCAGAUUGAUCUCCAUCAUAGCGGAUAAGCUGAUAACUCUUAACUGACUAUCUCAUAUGUAUAUGCCUUGUAAAUUCCCAUAUAUCCUCUUUUUUUUUCGUGGUUUACAUCAGCAGAGAGUGAUGGCACAAAUUGGUAUUUGGGAUUUUGUGUUGCUUCUCUCCAUUUUUAGGGAGCAUGGUGAUCUUCCCGGUCUGCAUGUUGUCGUGAGUUAAAAUUGAGUUUUUUAAUGUAGAGUUUCCUGACGUUUUGAUAAAAGCUAUUUAUUGAUUGCUUAUAGUGAA